CUUGCAUAGAAAUCAUUCUCUCCACUCUGCUACUCCUGAGAACGCCUGAUCAACGUGGAUGGCCACGAGUAUAUUAAUUAUUGUGGCUGACCGCCUUGAGCCCCUCCCUGAAGCUGACUAGCCCAACUCAUUCUUGACCGUUUAUCCUCCCUCUUCGUUCUCGUUUCCUUUCUUGCACUGCCUUUUCAAAUAUCCUCUGCCUCCUGGCCCUAGUGUUCUGGCUUCAUAAAGAAUUGGAUUUUCUCCUGUGGCUACAUUCUUAGAGCUGCUGGAAGACUAUCUCUUAUUAUUGCCCAUCUCCACUCUCUCCAUCUCUGCCCCAACUUAACCUACCACGGGGAACUACCGGACCUCAAAGCCCUUACCUGCAGCCGUCACAACAACGCCCGCUUCUUAUCACAAUGGCAGCUCCUGCUGAGAAGCAGUCGUCUAAGUACGAUGACUAUGAUUUUCCAACCACCGCCCCCGAGGCUCAACCGGGCCACCCUGGCCACACCACUCCAGAGCAGGAUGCCAAAGUAGAGCAGCUCCGGAGCGAACUUGAGCAGGAGGGCUACACGGAGAGACUGGACACUCUCACUUUGCUUCGCUUCUUAAGAGCUCGAAAGUUUGAUGUUGCCGCAGCUAAAGCCAUGUUUAUUGCAAGCGAAAAGUGGAGGAAGGAAUUUGGCACGGAUGACCUUGCACGUACCUUCGAGUACACUGAAAAGCCGGAAGUCUUCAAGUAUUACCCUCAGUACUACCACAAAACGGACAAAGAUGGACGACCUGUCUAUAUUGAGAAACUGGGCAAUAUCAACAUCGCCGAAUUGCAGAAGAUCACUACCGACGAACGCAUGCUCAAAAACCUUGUUACCGAGUAUGAGAAACUUGCGGAUCCCCGUCUGCCCGCAUGCUCACGAAAAGCUGGCAAACUGCUCGAAACAUGCUGCAGUAUCAUUGACUUGAAGGGCGUUGGUAUUACAAGCGCCCCGUCCGUGUACGGCUAUCUCAAAAUGACUUCCGCCGUCUCUCAAAACUACUAUCCCGAGCGACUUGGAAAGCUGUAUUUGAUCAAUGCCCCGUGGGGUUUCAGCACCGUUUUCAGCGUAGUAAAGAGCUUCCUGGACCCUGUCACUGUUAACAAGAUUCAUGUCCUUGGCUCCGGAUACCAAUCCGAGCUGCUGAAGCAAGUUCCCAAAGAGAAUCUCCCCCAGCAGUACGGUGGCACCUGUCAGUGUGAGGGAGGAUGCGAGUACAGUGAUAUGGGCCCGUGGCGGGAACCCGAAUGGGCUAGAGAACCGAAGUGGGCAAACCCCAAGGGAAACAAGGGCGAUGUCCCGGCUGAGAACCCUGUCGCAGAAAAGCCGACAGAGGCGCCGGAGGCCCCUCAACCCGCGGCAUAG